CGAGUAUACUGCACCAGGCACGCGUUUCCCCUUGGAGAAAGCUCAAGAUCCUGACAUAGGAGUGAACUCUUUACAGAAUUACGAGUGCAGCGAGAGCAACUAUUUCUCCUUGGACGUGAAAAACGGAGAUGACGGUGUGAAAUAUCCGGAAUUAAUAUUGGUGAAAUCCUUGGAUCGAGAGCAGCAGGCUGCUCACAAGUUGAUCCUGACAGCCACAGACAGCGGGAGUCCUGUGAAAUCGGGAUCGACAACAAUCCAGAUCAUUGUGUUAGAUGGAAAUGACAAUGCUCCGGAAUUUACUCAGCCCGUUUAUAAGGUGACCGUGAGAGAAGACGUGGCCGUGGGAAGUCGGGUGUUGCAGGUGACAGCGACUGACAGAGACGAGGGGCCAAACGCCGAGGUGAAGUACUCGUUCUUUAAAAUCCCGGAGAAGUUCGACAAGACUUUUAAGCUGGAUCCAGGAAGUGGAGAAAUUGAGAUAACAGAGAAGCUGAAUUUCGAGGAACAGGAGUUUUACGAAUUGGAUGUGCAAGCCCGGGACGCGGGUGGACUUUCGUCCCACAGCAAGGUUUUGAUCAAGGUCGCUGAUGUGAACAACCACGUCCCCGAGAUUGUCAUUAUGUCUGUGUUCAGUCCGGUCCCAGAAGAUACACCGCUGGGGACAGUCAUCGCAAUUUUCAGCGUCCAAGACAGGGACUCGGGGGCGAACGGCGAGGUGCAGUGCAGCAUCGCCGAGAGCGUCCCGUUCCGGCUGGAGAGGUCGUUUGCUAAUUACUACAGCGUAGUGACUGCCGAGGAGCUGGACCGGGAGGAGGUGGCGGAGUACAACGUGACGGUGCGGGCGGCGGACGGCGGGUCGCCGGCGCUGCGGAGCAGCGCGGUGCUGGCGCUGCGGGUGCUGGACGUGAACGACAACGCGCCGGUGUUCGCGGAGGCGCGCUACAGCGCCCGUCUGCCCGAGAACAACGCGGCGGGCGCGCUGGUGCUGACGGUGCGGGCGGCGGACGCGGACUGGGGGCAGAACGCGCGCGUGCGGUACCGAAUACGCUUCAGCAAAGCAGAGAAUGGAAGUCCGACCGGCAGCGCAGGGCCGGGCAGCCGCCGGGCGGGUCGCGCUCUUGGGGAGCGGAUCCGCUACGCCAUCCCCGAGGAGCUGGGCAGAGGCUCGCUGGGGGGGCCGCUGGCGCGGGACCUGGGGCUGGCCCCGGCGGCCCUGCCGGCACGCAAGCUGCGGAUAGUCUCUGCUGACGAAAAGCAGUACUUCGCUCUCGGGGAAGAUAAUACAAAUCUGCGGGUAAACGAGAGGAUAGACCGAGAGGGCAUCUGCGGGGCUGUGUCGCCCUGUGUCCUCAGUUUGGAGGCAGUCGUGGAAAAGCCUUUCAAUAUAUUUCAUGUAAGCGUUACUAUCCAGGAUAUCAACGACAAUCCGCCGCAGUUUGACAGAGAAUUUAUUGCCAUAGAAAUGAUCGAGUCCACGCCUCCUGGGGCCAGGAUCCCGCUGAGCAGUGGCAGAGAUCCCGACAUUGGGGCGAACUCAUUACAGAAUUACCAACUUACCCCCAACCCGCUCUUCUCCCUUGUAGUGAGGGAGACUCCUGAUGGGACGAAACACGUGGAAUUGGUACUGGAGAAAAGCUUAGAUCGAGAAAAACAGAGAAAUCACCAUUUGAUACUGACGGCGGUGGAUGGCGGGGAUCCAGUCCGAUCCGGGACCGCCCAGAUUAAGAUUAACGUGACCGACGCAAAUGACAACCCGCCGGUGUUCACCAAAGAGAUCUACAAGGUUCGACUGCUGGAAAACCUGCCAGAGGGCUCCUUAGCUUUUCAGGUGAAAGCUACGGACGGCGACGAAGGUACAAAUGCAGAGAUUACCUACUCCUUCAGUGACAUCGCAAACAGUGCUCGCCAGCUCUUUGCUCUGGACUCCAGGACAGGGGACGUGAAGAUAACAGGUCCCUUAGAUUACGAAGAAGAGAAAUACUAUGAAGCGAGUGUUGAAGGCAAGGACGGGGGCGGGCUGAGUGCGCACGCCAAAGUGCACAUAGACAUACUAGACGUCAACGACAAUGCGCCAACCCUUUCCCUCCUGCCUAUAUUGAACACGAUACCUGAAGACGCGGUCCCGAGCACAGUAGUAGCUCUGAUCAAUGUCCGUGACAGAGACGCAGGGGAUAACGGAGAA